AUGUUUUCGGUAAGAUCUCCAUUAAAGAAUGGGCUUAUGAGGAGUUUUAGUCGCAUGAAGAUGGCAGCUAGGACUGUUACAUCAGCGAGUACAAGUGUUAAGUCGAAGUCAAGGUACGAUAAAACGAUGAACAAGCCUUUACUCUUGGUAAUGGUGUUUGGGUCGAUAUUGAACGCUGGAAUAGUUGAAAAGAGGAAAACUAAUGAUAUGGAAAGAAAGUAUCAUUUAAAGGUCGAUAAGUUGAAAGAGCUGAUACAAAGAGUUCAUGAUAAUAAUGGAAAGGUAGAUUUUAACGCAGAUGAUGAAUUGAAACUAGUAAAUUUAUGUUUAGGAAUUGUCAAUAGAAAUCAACCUACGAUGGAAGAAGAUAAAAAUGACAUCAUGAUUCCUAAGGAGGAGUCACUGGAAGAGAUUUGGCAAAGUAUAAUAGAAGAGGCAAAGAAAGAAGUGAUGGAACCGACUUCAAUCAAUGAUGCUAAGAACAAAGAUGGGAUUGUCACAGACUUGGAUCUUCUGAAGAAUUUGAAAAAUUCAAAAAAAGAAGAUGAACAAGUUUAUUUAAAUGGUGAUAUCCAUAUGAUAAUGAAUAAGCCAGGUGAUUUGAAUGAAAUUGCCAAAGAAAAUGUCAAAAUGCCAAAGUUUCUAUAG